AGCCUCUCAGCCCCUUUCCCGAAAUCCGCACCUACCGCCUUUCCCGUGGCCACUAUUCUCUGCCCUGGAGCGCGAUGACUGCCCCCCGGCCUCAGACGCCCGGGGCACUGACCAUCGACCACAGCCAUGCUGGGCUGUCGAUCACCCUGCAGCCGCGCGCGGUGUAUGCCCUGCGCGAAUGUCUCCUGAUCCUAAGGCGCCUGGUUCGAGCGGCGGCAGCCUCGAGUGGCGAACCCGCUCGACGGGGCGAUUCGAGUGCCCUGAGUGCUGCGUGUCUUGGCAUCAUCACCUCCAUGACGCUCCUCGGGCGGAUGCUGCCAACCGGCCACAUUGUUGUGGAGCACUUUGACUUUCGUGAUGAGACGGCGGCCCCGGACACCCGCUGCUCAAUGGGCUCCAGGCCAGCCAGCGAUCCUCCCUGCGGUGGGGCGGACGUGUCGUUCCCCGUAUUCCCGCUGGAGUUUGCCGCCCUGCUCGAGGCCGGAGGCGGCUUGGCUCGAUAUGUUGGCCAGACGCCGGUCGGCGCUGCGGCCGCUGCGGGUCCUCGCCCGCGCACUUCCUUCCCCCAGUCUCCGCUGCUGAGUGACUUCCCCUUGGCCUCACCGCCAAAGCCCGACCCCCGGCUGGACCCGCUGUCGCGCGCGGCACACACGGUGCAACAUGCCCUGACCGAGCGCUGUCGCGAGCUCUUUCACAAGUACUAUGCCUCGGGGCAGGCACUCGCACACGCAUGCCACCUCGGGCCCAGCCAUGAGGGAUGUCCCCCCGGCGGAGGUGGCCCGCCGGUGGUCUUCUCCUGCUGGCUGAACACCCUCGGCGAGCUGGCCAUUUGGUGCGGAUCGUUUGGCAUCGGAGCUGAUGUGCACUUGCAGAGCCUACAUCGGCCCCCUGCACAGGUGCUUCAUCGGCUGGAUGUCAGCUGCUCGCGUGGGGCGCGCAGUCACAUCGCGGCGGCCCUCAAACCCGGGCCCGCGGCUUUCGGCCUGCUUGUGGCACGUCCGCCGGGGAAAGUCCACCUGCCCCUGCUCCUGUGCCAGGCGUCCGACCUGCCUCUCCUGCGGGCGUCUGGGCACACCUUUUUCGUGAUUGGCUGCUGGAUUACGUGGACGGUGAAUGCCCCCGACGCGCAUCCUCGCCGGGUUUUGUUGGCUGCUGCCCAUCUGCUGGCCCAGCAUGCCGUUGUCCCGCUCGACGAGAAGGGACACCCGGUAGCCGUGGUCGGCAGCCUCGCGCGCCCGACCGAGUCGCCCCUGUUCAUGGACCAGGCAGCUAGUCGGCUGGCCACCCGGCGCUUUGUGCUGGCCGAGGUUUUGCCCCCGGGUAUGAACACCGGUGGGGCCUUUCACAUUCCACUUGAAGCCGGGUCCGGGGCCGCGGCAAUCCGCCUCUGGAGGGCCGCCACCACGGCGGCCGGGUCGCCUCUGCCGAGCGAAGGGGGCCCAGAUCCCAACGCAUGUGUCGCUUACCCCCUCCCUCUGGUGAACACCAGCUCCUCGGUUCGCAGCCGGGCUGGGCGCUGAGUGGCGAUCGUGGGCGCGGGGCGCCGGGCGCGCGAUGCGGAGGGACUCUGGGG